AUGGUUUUGCCUGCGACGUGCGGCCUGUGUCAUCAGGUUUUCUCCGUUGCGCUGGCCCACGGCAGGGUGCUUUGGGGGAGGCUCUGGGGUGUCAUGGUGUGGGCCGCUGGAGAAGCUUUUUUGAGAGUGGACCAAGACAAAGACAGAGAAUGCAGCCUGGACUGUGCAGGGUCCCCCCAGAAGUCUCUCUGUGCAUCUGAUGGAAGAACUUUUCUGUCCCGGUGUGAAUUUCAGCGAGCAAAAUGCAAAGACCCUCAGCUGGAAGUUGCUUACCGGGGCAACUGCAAAGAUGUUUCCAGAUGUGUGGCUGAGAGGAAAUACACCCAGGAACAAGCUCGCAAGGAAUUUCAACAAGUGUUUAUCCCAGAAUGCAAUGACGAUGGCACAUACAGUCAGGUUCAGUGCCAUAGUUACACUGGAUAUUGCUGGUGUGUCACUCCUAACGGUCGACCUAUCAGUGGUACUGCUGUGGCCCACAAAACUCCCCGGUGCCCAGGUUCUGUAAGUGAGAAGUUGCCACAGCGAGAAGGUGCAGGAAAAACAGAUGAUGCCUCAGCUCCCGCGCUGGAGACUCAGCCUCAAGGUGAUGAAGAAGAUAUAGCUUCUCGUUAUCCUACAUUAUGGACUGAGCAAGUAAAGAGUAGACAAAACAAAACCAAUAAAAGCUCAGCAUCAUCAUGUGAUCAAGAACUUCAGUCAGCACUGGAGGAAGCUAAACAACCCCAGAAAGACAAUGUAUUCAUUCCAGAGUGUGCUCAGGGUGGCCUUUACAAACCUGUUCAGUGUCAUCCUUCCACAGGCUACUGUUGGUGUGUUCUUGUGGAUACAGGACGUCCCAUCCCGGGCACGUCAACAAGGUAUGAACAGCCUAAGUGUGAUAACAGUGCCAGAGCUCACCCAACUAAAACAAAGGAUUUGUACAAAGGACGCCAGCUUCAAGGUUGUCCUGGGGCCAAGAAGAAUGAAUUCCUAACUAGUGUUUUGGAUGCCUUGUCCACAGAUAUGGUGCAUGCAGUUUCUGAUCCAUCUUUGUCUUCUAGCCGAGUUUCAGAGCCUGAUCCAAAUCACACUCUGGAGGAGAGAGUAGUCCACUGGUAUUUCAAACAACUCGAUAAAAAUUCCAGUGGUGACAUUGGCAAGAAAGAAAUCAAGCCAUUUAAGAGAUUCCUACGGAAGAAAUCAAAACCUAAAAAGUGCGUGAAGAAGUUUGUGGAAUACUGUGAUGUGAACAACGAUAAGUCCUUGUCAGUUCAAGAAUUAAUGGGCUGCCUGGGCGUAACAAAAGAAGAAGGUAAAGCAGAAACAAAGAAACGCCAUACAGCCCCUAAAACCAAUACCGAGAGCACUUCAUCCAACAGGCAGCAAGUUUCUAAGAAGCAAGGGUGAACAGCUUACUGAUCGAAGGCAGAUCUCUUUGACAUGUGGGAGAUUUCCUCACCAAAAGGCAAUAAAAACAACUGUAGUAUUUGCACUUUGUAUUUUAAAAUGUAAAUUCACUUUGUAGAAAUGAAAUAUUUAAAUAGACUUUUUUUAAUCUGUGAAAAUGUAAUGGCUAGUUUUGAAAAAUUAUCACAUACAAUGUAUGUGCCUUCUUUUGUUCUUUGAAGUAUGUAAAACAUGUUGGAGGUGUACAAGUUUGCAUUUAAACCUUUUUUAAAAACUUAGCUUUUUUUGCAAUCAUUAGCAUAGAAACCUGAUUCUGUGUAUUUCGGUUUCAGUAGUAUGCCUUUUUUUUUAACCAAUACUGUCAUGUAAGUAGAGUUAUGCUGAAAGGUCUACUGUAUUCUCAGUUUUGUCCAAGCAAUGUUGGAUAUUUCAGGUUUCCAGGACCAAGGGAAGUGUGUAAAUUGCUGUUGACUUGUUUUUACAGUUUCUUAAGUGAACAGAUUUUUCACUGGUGGCAUAUUUUGUUUCAUUUUGGUUUUAUUAUUAUGCUUUCCAAAGAUCAGACAAUGAGAAUGCAACCACUAAUGGAUUCAAAACAGUUAUACUACAGUUAAGACUCUUGUAGAAAAAUGUAUCCUUUUAUCCAUUUUUGAGGUGCUUUCCAUUAUAACUUUUGGUAGGAUUUUUUUCCCUGUUUGUUUUUCCUUGAGUAAUUAAUGCAGCAAACCAACAAGGAGUAAGGUAGAUUGUAAUGUCACUUCAGUCUGGUUCAACCUAAGCUUAACAGCAUGCUCCCAUGUCAGUUUAAAGCAGGAGAUGAGUCUAUGUGGGUAAGGAUUGUAAAUCUAACUAUAAAGAGACAGGGAAGGCUAAACAGAUUUGUCAGCCUUUUCUUCCCCCACACCUGGCUGCGCCCAUCAACUCUUUGAGUUGCCUUGGGGUCCACUAGAGGUGAAGCUAUUGCUGAACAAAUUAUGAACAGUUGCCGUGAGGAGGGGCUACUCACAUUGCCCCUGCCUCAGGCAUUUUUCUUGCUUUCUGGAAGAAGUUCUUACAAGUUUUCAUACCUUCUCUGUAAUUUCCCCUCCCCCCCCUUUUUUUGUGUGCCUGAGGGGAGCGAGAACUUGCGGAUGCGAAUUUAGAGCAUGGGACCUAAGUAAAAGGGUUUAGCCCUUGAACAACCAUGAGUUACAAGCAGCUAGAUUGAUAGAUGCAGGGGUAAAUAGACUGCUGGCAUCUAAGAACUGACAUGAAAAGGCAGGAAUGUUGCAACAAGCAGUGAUUUCAUUCUGGUUCGCUUAAAUAAUGUGUGGGAUCUGACAUGUGACUACCUAGUCAUAAUAGCACCCUGGCUUGAACUUGUACCUGGAAAAGCCUUACUGCAAAUAAGAAUGUUUCAUUUCAAUUGUACAUAUGGAUAUAUGCUGAAGUGAUAGCAAACACUGUAUGCAGUGGAAUUUUAUCCCAGAAGGUGAGUACUCUAAGCUUUAGCAGCAGGAGGAACCAAGAUGCAACUGUGUGUUAUCUUGUAUUUUUGUUUUAAAAUGUAUUUGUUAUUCUUUUAUAAUACUAAACUUUGAAUUUAAUCUUCUUUAUAGAUUAAAGUCCAGUAUGAUAUCAAA